ACAAAAUGUGGACAUUUUUGCCUAUACGUGGAGCUUCAUUUAAUUUCAACUAAGACCAUAAACAUAACCAAACAAGUCUAUAAAUAUAUAAAAAAAAUUUAAAAAAAGAAAAACAUAAAGCAAGAAGCUGUUUGAGCUUUAAUUCAAAUCAAAGAAAUGGUUGAGCAGAGUGUUUAUUCUGGAUUUCUAUGUUUACUAAUAGGCUUAAUUUUGAUUACCAAAAUUCAGUUGUGUGUGGGUGGAAUAACUAGUGAUUAUGUGAGAAAUUAUAAUUCUAAUGUUGAUAUGCCAUUGGACAGUGAUGUAUUUCAAGUGCCACAUGGUUACAAUGCUCCCCAGCAGGUCUACAUAACACAAGGUGAUCAUGAUGGAAAGGGUGUGAUCGUUUCUUGGACUACACCUAAUGAACCGGGCGCAAAUACAGUCCUCUAUUGGACCGAAAAUAGUUGUGUGAAGAGCUCUGCUGAGGGCUUUGUUGUUCGCUACAAGUACUGCAAUUACACGUCUGGAUAUAUUCAUCACUGUACCAUCAACGAUCUGGAGUUUGAUACAAAGUACUAUUAUGAAGUGGGCUUAGGAAAUACAACCAGACAGUUUUGGUUUGUAACUCCUCCAAAGCCUGGACCCUAUGUUCCUUAUACAUUCGGUCUCAUUGGGGAUCUUGGUCAGACCUACGACUCCAAUAGCACACUGACUCAUUACGAGUUGAGUCCUCUGAAGGGCCAGACUUUACUCUUUGUUGGAGACCUCUCUUAUGCUGAUAAUUAUCCAUUUCAUAACAACAUACGAUGGGACACAUGGGGGAGAUUUAUCGAGAGAAGUGCAGCAUAUCAACCUUGGAUUUGGAGUGCCGGAAAUCAUGAAAUUGAUUUUGUUCCUGAAAUUGGCGAAUCUAAACCUUUCGUACCUUACAAGCACCGAUUUUCUACACCUUACAGAGCAUCAGAAAGUACUUCUCCGCUUUGGUACUCUAUAAAGAGAGCUUCGGCCUAUAUAAUCGUCAUGUCUUCUUAUUCAGCUUUCGGUAAAUACACUCCUCAGUGGAAAUGGUUAACAAAUGAGUUACCUAAAGUUGACAGGAGUGAGACACCAUGGCUCAUUGUACUCAUGCAUUGUCCUAUGUACAGUAGUUAUGUACAUCACUAUAUGGAAGGGGAAACAAUGCGCGUUAUAUAUGAGCCAUGGUUUGUGAAGUACAAGGUGGACGUUGUCUUUGCUGGUCAUGUUCAUGCCUACGAACGAUCAGAGAGUGUAUCAAACGUCGCCUACAACAUCAUAAAUGGGAAAUGCAGUCCAGUUAAGGAUGAAUUUGCCCCUGUAUAUAUUACCAUUGGAGAUGGAGGAAAUCAAGAAGGAUUGGCUACAGAGAUGACACAACCACAGCCAAGGUAUUCUGCAUAUCGUGAAGCAAGCUUUGGGCACGGUAUAUUGGAUAUCAAGAACAGAACUCAUGCCUAUUUUGGUUGGCAUCGUAACCAUGAUGGAUUCGCGGUUGAAGCAGAUACGUUAUGGCUUCUUAACAGAUACUGGAAAUUGAAGGAACGCGUAGCUGUUUCAUGAGAUGAGAUAGCUCUAUUAUCACAUUACAGAGAUCUUUUCAACGUAAUAUUUGUAGGAGGAUAUUACAGAGCGUUUUCAAUGUUAAUUUACACUUGGAAAUUAUGCCAAAUGAAGCUCUCUCAGCUUAUCAUUUUACAGUUAUAUGGCAGUGAUCAUAUGUGCAUAUCUGGACUUGUGGAAUACUGAAUGUACUGUGCUUUAUGCUACAAUUAUAGACCAAAAUGCCUUGUUUGGGUC